CGGAGAUUUAUAGACGGCUGUACGCAUGUUGAGCACGCCAAGGCGAGACGAUACACAGUAACACAAGGCCCAGUCCCGUCGCUUCUACCUUCGUGUUUCCGCGGCCGCCUUCUCUUUAAUGUUUACUUCUUUCUACAGAAAUGUGCAUAUCCUCGGAUCCCCCACCUGAGUCGCUGUAGCGGUACAUAUCAUGAGCGUGCAGGCGGCUGAAGCGGUAGUCAUGAGACAUCAUUGUCAUCGGCAAAAUGCCUCACUCAAAAAGACGAUUUUCUGAAGGCAUUCCACCAGUAGUCCCGUCCCGGUUGUACCUGAGAGAAAAACGGGAGUUCUGGGCGCCCUUUUUAAGCAGCUUGGCCAACCACUCAACAAAAGCAUAGUGUCGCACCUACAAUUGCACGUACUUUGAAGGAAAGUGCGCAAGUGCUGUUUGAGGAAAAGAUCAUGGAGAACCUGGAUGCAAUCUUCUUGGCCGCAAAGCCUUUCUCUUGCCUGUUUGGUGACUCGGCGAUCCCAUUACGUCAAGAGCGUUGCUCUUACCUACUUAUACCUACCUUACUAGUAAGAUCUUACUUUUACGCUGAUUCGGCCGGCAGUAGCGAUCUUGUAUGGAGCUGCCCCUCGUAGUUCUUCUACCUAGACCUCUAGCUGGUUCAGACCUACAUGUACCCAACAAGGCGGGCCGAUCUGAUUGAUUGUCGCAUGUUUGGCAAUCACGUCUCGGACAACCGAUUGAGUCGGAUUGACCCCCCUCGCCUCGCUUGCUUCCUUCCCCACGCGCUUCCCCAUCCCAUAUUUAUCUGCGGCUCCCCGCUCAACACUUCUCUCCCGUCAUUCUCGUAUGAUCUUGUUUACUCUAUUCUACUAUUCCCGUCUAGACCUCAACUCGAAAACUGUUAAAACAUUCGUCCUAGAAACGAUACAAUCAGCAACUCUUGAUUUUGCAAUUGACGGUUCUCAUUGGUCAACGCUUAUCGUAGCCACCUGCACACCCCUCCAUCCAGCCAGCGCAGAAACCCGAGACAGAGAUUUCGAAGACAUUUCUACCAUCACAAAUUCCGAGUCCUACAAAUACCUCCUCUAACCUAUUCUUCUUCACUCUUUCACUCUUCAUCUUUUUGUACAUAUUACUGCUGUCGAGUUAAGGCAAACGCAAGAACUGCUAUUCACAAUGGCCUCACCUACUGGACAAGGUUCGUCGUCUUUUCCGACAUCGCAUUGACUAUUUAUACUUUAUUCAAUCCUCCCCCAAGCUCAACGCCGAGUCCCUCUUCGCAUCCCCCCUCAACAUCAUCUUGACGCUCGAUUACGAUACUCAUACAUACGGCAAGAUUCAAAAUGGAAACUAACACGGGAGAAGACAAAUUCACAUACGCCCUCAAAUCCAACGAUGCGUGGGCCAACUACAAGGGCCACCAAAACCCUAGCUACUUCCCUGAGAUGUCUAAGGGUCAAGCGCCACAAAUCCGUAUGUCCUUGCCGCCUCUCCCUUUUACCCUGAGAUCCAAGAUAGAAUACGGACUAAUAUAUACUCAAUAGUCUGGUUUGGAUGCAGCGAUUCCCGAGUACCCGAGACAACCCUCAUGGGCCUCCAACCCGGCGAUGUCUUCACCCACCGCAACAUCGCCAACAUCCUUUCCCCAACGGAUCUCAACUUUCUCUCCGUCCUCGAAUAUGCCGUCGCGCACGUAAAAGUCAAGCACAUUAUCCUCUGCGGACAUACUUGCUGCGGUGGUUGUGUCGGCGCUCUUUCUGACGGCCGAAUUGGCGGCGUUCUCGACGCAUGGCUCACCCCCCUAAAAGGCGUACGCGCUGAAAACGAGAAGGAAUUGAAGAGCAUUACCGACGAUGGUGCACGGGCGCAACGAUUAGCAGAGUUGAAUGUCCAGCGAGGAGUCCAGGUCCUGAUGAGCAACUAUGUUGUUGCUGAAGCAAUCAAGGAGCGGGGCUUGACUGUCCAUGGUAUCGUUUACGAUAUUGCUUCUGGCAAGCUCAACGAUUUGGGAAUCGGAUCUGGAGCCAAGAACAGCCCACUGAAGCCAGGAAAGCAUGGUGUUGACGGCACACAAGAAGCCGAGUAUGAAGUCGUCAAGGGAAAGCAUGGAGUACUUGUUUUCAAUGGCGAUGGCGCUGAAAUGACUGUUCAAUGAGAGGGGAAUGAUUGGAAUGGCUGUGCCAUGCAAUCUGCAUGCAUGAUGUACAGAGAGAAAGACUGAGCGAUGGAGUUUGGCGGUAGAAUCAUACCUGGGGCGAGGAGUUUCAAAUAGAAUGAGGGACAGGAAUGAGAAUACUGGCGGGAGUUGGGAUUGGGG